UCUCUCGCACUUGCAGUGUUUUAAUUUUGAAUUGGCCCAUGAAUUUGCUAUGUAAAUACGUUGAAUUGUGCCAAUAAAAUUCAAAUUCUCCCCGUCAGAUGGAGAAGGCCAACUCUCGUAUGAAGCAGCUGAAGCGUCAGCUGGAGGAGGCUGAGGAGGAGGCUACCAGGGCCAACGCCUCCCGUAGGAAACUACAGAGGGAGCUGGACGACGCCACCGAAGCCAGCGAGGGCCUGAACCGCGAGGUCAACACACUCAAGAACCGCCUGAGGCGUGGAGGCCCCAUCAGCUUCUCGUCUAGCCGUUCAGGCCGCAGCCGGCAGCUCCAGAUCGACGGAGCCUCCGUGGACAAUUCUGAUGACGACGCCGACAGCCGCGCCAGCGACCACAACGACACGCAAGCCUCCAACCAGACCGAAUAGACGCACCCUGCUAAUCCUACCAACCCUAUCGAUUAGCCUGUCUGGCAUCAUGGUGACAACAACACUUCAGCCUCUCCAUCUGUCCCUGUCCACGAGUCAACAGCAGGGAGAACCUGGGUUGUGUUCAUUAGGCACCAAAGCAGAAGAAAACAGUCCGAAACAGGGAGGGACUACCUGGACUUGUCCAAUAAAAACCGCUUGUUUUCAUUUUCCGUUGAAAGACGUUUUCAAAUGUUUUGCUACGGUGUGUUCUAAUGAUUACGACCCAGACCACCCACCCCCUCAGAAAUGCUCUCUUCCUGGGGAUGACAAAACAAUUACCGUACUCCCACUUGGACGGUUUACUCUGCCUUACUCUAACAUUUAAAUUUUUAGUCAUUUAGCAGACGCUAUUAUCCAGAGCGACUUACAGGAGCAAUUAGGGUUAAGUGCCUUGCUC